UCUCUUGGGUAAUGCAAGGUGUAGCUGCAAACGGAUUUGAGAUUUUAUAAUGUGAAACAGACACCUCGCUGUUUUUCCUAUAAGGGGAUAUCGAUUUCAGAUUGCCAGCAAAAAAAGUUCUGCUGGCAGACAAUAGGUGGAAGCUCAGGUUAAACAGAGUGCCCCCUUUGAGUGCAUCUAUUACCAACUAUUGGUGGAGGAGUACGGCUGAAUCACCUUCAGACAUUGAGGCGACUUUGAAGGACCUGGAAAAAAAUUUCCUCUGGACUCUGGAACUCAAGCAUGAUGAAGCCUAAAUCAUCUUCUUUUUCUGGGUACUGUGUGAGCUUUCUUUUCCUACAAGUGAUGACAUCCAUGUCAGAAAAGUGGACAGUGACCACUUCCACUGGACACCUCAUGGCUACAGUAGGAGGACAGGCUGAGCUUAGCUGCCAGUUAUCCCCACCACGAAGUGCACAACACAUGGAGGUGGGCUGGUUCAAGGGUAACCAGUCCAAGCUUAUUUACCUGUACAAAGGUGGCCAUGAAGUGAAUGGAGAAGCUGCCCCAGAAUAUGUGGAUCGCACAGAGUUUGUGGAAGAGGCCAUUAGCACGGGCAAAGUGACUCUCAGACUUCAUAAUAUCAGUGUUUCUGAUAAUGGACCAUACCAGUGUUCAUUUAAGGAUAGUGACUUCAGUGAUAUGUCCGGCAUGAACCUGAGUGUAGCAGCAUUGGGUGUAGAGAUGCAGAUCUAUGUUUACACUCCUGUCGCUAAUGGACUCAUGGUGGAAUGUAACUCAGGAGGCUGGUUCCCACAGCCCCAGAUGGAGUGGAGAGACAACAAGGGAGAAGUAGUUCCACAUUCGUCAAAAUCCUAUUCAAAGGAUGGAGCUGGAUUAUUCCACAUGAAGAUGACUCUUUUCCUCAGAAACAAAUCACAGGGCAAUGUGACUUGCUACAUUCUCAACCCUCUAAUAGGUAAAGGGAAACAGACAAAUAUCAUCAUAGCUGAUGCCCUGUUGGACCCAUACAAUGGUUUGGUGAGAGCUUCACUUUCAUUUCUAUGUGUGAUGGCUUUGUUCCUUUUCUAUCUGUGUUUCAUGAAAAAAGGUAACUGCUGCAACGAGGAUGGAAUCAUUAAAGUGUACAAAUAUCACUGCUGUCGUUGGUGGACCUCAAGCAUUCUUGAAAUACUGUUUUUUGUAGUUCUUUUGUCUGCCAUCUGUUUUUAUCUGCCAUUCCGGAUCAGAAUUUCCAUUUCAGAUCCUCUUUUUGUCUUGUACAGUGACUGGAUAUUUGAUAUAGCAAUAUUGGCAGGUGUACUGAUGGUGUUUUUCGGUGUGCUUAUCAUUUGUUUACACCUGACACUAAAAGGACAUAUAAGUAAGAGAAGAAUGCUCAUACAUGAAAGAAAUUCACAGAGAUACAAUCAGCAAAAUGUAGAGAUAGAAAGCACUAUGUAACAAAUGAUCCAAGUUCUUAAAUAAAUGUUGCUAGAAAAUAAAAUGUUAUGGAAACUGAACUUAUAGUUUCCUAAUUAAAAGGCAUAUCAACCAACCACAACCUGUACAUAUAUUUGGAUGUCUAUUUAAACCAAUAUGCUAUUCAACAAAAAUGACCAAACUUUAGCAAAUUCAUAAAAAAAAGAGACAGCCCAAAUAAAUAAAAUCAAACAUGAAAGAGGAGAAGUUACAACUAAUACCACAGAAACACAAAGGAUCAUUAAAGAAUAUUAUGAACGA